AAGUUGAACUUGAAACUUCCCUGAAAUUUGAAGUUGGAGAAGAAAGAAAGAAAGUAACAAGUGAGAGCAAUCCCACGAGUUCCUCGUAAAUGUUGAAUAAAUAUGUUGCGACAUUUAGCGACAAAUUGGGUCUGAAUCCAAAUCUCAUGGCUAUGGCUUUUUUUCCUUUCCCAUUUUUUCAAUUCUACGUUUCCUUUUCUCAUCCAGCUGUUUCUUCUUAUUGGGUUUCUCCCCAUUUUUCUAUACUCUUCAAAACCCACUCUCUUUCUCCUUUUACUUUCUUGCUUUCACUUCCAAGUUUCCAACUUCCCACAUGUUCCAUCCCUCUCAAUUCAUGGACUGCAAUUUCACAGGUGAUUGUUUCUUUUGACCCAUUUGUCGGUGGUUGAUUUGGGGAAGUUUUUGCCGGUUUAUUUUCUGAUCUAGCCAUCGACAAUGGAUAUUCUCGGUGACCCAGAUAAGAAUUCUUAUCGGAGUCUUGUAGCGGCUGUAUCUUAUGGAAUUGCUUCGAUGGCUAUGGUUUUUCUUAACAAGGCUGUACUUAUGCAGUACUCACAUUCAAUGACCCUUCUUACUCUGCAGCAAUUGGCAACCACAUUGCUUAUUCACUUUGGUAGAAAAAUGGGUUACACGAAAGCCAAGGGGCUUGACAUGCAAACAGCUAAGAGAAUUUUUCCUGUCUCAUUGUUCUAUAAUGCAAAUGUGGCGUUUGCUCUUGCUAGCUUGAAAGGGGUUAACAUCCCAAUGUAUAUCGCCAUUAAAAGACUCACUCCUCUUGCUGUUCUGAUUGCGGGGUUCUUUUCAGGGAAGGGAAGGCCCACGGCACAGGUUAUUUGUUCAGUACUCUUAACUGCUGCCGGGGUUCUUGUUGCUGCAUUGGGAGAUUUUUCAUUUGACCUUAUUGGUUAUAGCAUGGCCUUCACUUCUGUUUUCUUCCAGACUAUGUAUCUUGUAUUGGUGGAGAAGUCAGGUGCAGAGGAUGGGCUUUCGUCUAUUGAGAUCAUGUUUUACAACAGCUUUUUGUCUCUUCCUUUUCUGUUAUUUCUGAUUUUAUCCACGGGUGAAUUCCCAAAUUCUUUAUCUUUAUUAUUUGCAAAGAGUAAUUCAUUCUCCUUUUUGGUUCUCUUCCUCCUUUCAUUGGUGAUGGGGAUUGUUCUCAACUUCACAAUGUUCUUAUGUACCAUAGUAAACUCCGCCCUAACAACAACAAUUGUUGGAGUUCUCAAAGGCGUUGGAUCGACUACGCUUGGGUUUGUUAUAUUGGGUGGCGUGGAAGUGCAUGCUUUGAACGUGACAGGCUUGGUUAUCAACACGGCUGGAGGAGUCUGGUAUUCAUAUGCCAAGUAUCAACAGAAGAAAAACAGACCACCGAAAUUAACAUCGACCUAGAGGCUCGUCUAGGUUGCAAUUUUUUGCUUCAUAUAGUGUGAUUCAUUUGUUGAUGAAUAAUAUAAUCAAAAGGUUUUCAAUGGGAAUAGUUUAUACUCAAAUUUGCUGUAAGCUUAGAACCUUAGUACAAAAAGUUUGAUAUCCUCUUUAAUUAACAUGUGGCUUGAUUUUUUUUAA